GCGCAUUCACUGGCUGCUUUUGAACCGAGAGCACAAAGCCGUCGAGCUGGAAAAUCUGCCCGUAAACACUUCCGCCCUGUCAGUCUCAGUUUGAAGCUGGACGGCUGUGCGUGUCGGCUGUGGUCCGCAGUUCGCUCCAAACGCUGAUUAAAAAACAAAAAAAUGAGCGGCAUUUCGAAACUAUUCAAGGGGAGCUCAGGCUCCAGUUCAUCCAAGCACCGAUCACGGACGGGGCCGUCGCCCCAGGAGGCCAUCCACAAACUUCGAGAGACAGAGGAGAUGCUGACGAAGAAGCAAGAGUACCUGGAGAAGAGGAUACAGCAAGAAAUAGCGAUAGCCAAGAAGAAUGGCACGAAAAACAAGCGGGCUGCCCUGCAGGCCCUAAAGAGGAAGAAGCGCUUGGAGCAGCAGCUUACCCAGAUUGAUGGCACCCUCUCCACCAUUGAGUUCCAGAGAGAGGCUCUGGAAAAUGCCAACACCAACACAGAGGUCCUGAAGAACAUGGGCUAUGCUGCCAAGGCCAUCAAGGGCAUCCACCAGAACAUGGACCUUGAUAAGAUAGACUCUCUAAUGCUGGAGAUCACAGAGCAACAGGAUGUGGCCAAGGAGAUCAGCGAUGCCAUCUCCCAACCUUUUGGCGAAGCAUUUGAUGAGGAUGAACUGUUGGCAGAGCUGGCGGAGUUGGAAGAGGAGGAGCUGGAGAACAGCAUGAAGAACAUGGGCCGACUGCCCAGUGUGCCCACCUCCAAGCUACCUUCAACACAGCCCGGCCAUCGCGUGUCAUCCAAGAAAAAGGCUGAAGAUGAUGAUGACAUGAAUAUGCUGGCAGCAUGGGCAACUUAAGUCCAUUAAUGCAGCUUUUCACACAUGCAAAAUAAUAUGUACAAUACAUGACAUGAAGUUUUUUUUGUUUGUUUGUUUUGUUUUUUUAAGCUUUUUAAAUGAAUGAUUUUUGAUAGGGAAGAUAAGUGCCUUACAUUGUUGUAUAAAUGACAUGAAGUUAUUCUGCCAGUUGCCUGAUUUUAUUUAUCAAAACAUUUAAAAUAUAUAUAUAUAUAUGUAAGUGAAGGAUUAACCAAGAUGCAAUUAUUGAUCUUUACCUCUGUAUUCUUCCAAUCGUUCUUGUUUAACCUCCACACUUUCUAAUGCUUAUUAGAGGUUUAAUGAAGACAUGAAUGGGAUAUGACUGUGAUGUGUGUACCACACAGAGUGUUUGACCAUAUGUCAUACAGCUGUAAAUAAAGUCUUAUUUUGUAUUAAUAAUGUUACCCAAUAAAAUCACUCUAAAUUGAGCACUUGG